UCUAACGAGUAGGUAUAUCCGGCGAGAACCUGGAGGAACAACCUCUGGGUAAAAUUCAGUGUUGUCUAAAUUUUUAUAUGCCUUCCUCUUUAGUAUAUCAGUAGAUAAAUGUAGUUAUGUAGCUCAGCAUUGUGGAGACAGUGUUCGCACCGAAAAAGGUUCACAUGCGAAGAACUGUAUAUCAGUGACUGUCAUGAGAGUUGAUUGUUGAACGUACCCCCAUCGUCGAAAGUUCCGGGGAUGACAAUGGAUUUGUCAGGCAGAAAGAUGAAGGGAUAUAAACCAAGAGAUAGAAUGUUCAUGUAAAGCUUUAUAAAGCAUCAUAUCUUCCUCGUUAACGACCAUGGCCAUGCUGCCCCCUCAGAAAUCCCUUCGUUUAUGUCUGUCCUUAUGGUUUGCGAUUAUGGAUCCAUGUAUGGCAAAGAAGCAGUUCUAAACAAAUUCCAUGAAGUUUCCUGAGCAUAAGCUUUUCAUGGAAACUGUGCGACUACCGUCGCCAGUUCAGAAAUGGUUCGGUCACCAGCUGGAGAUUCGUGGCAUCGACUCCGUCAUUUAUUCCAGACACAUAAUUCAUCUUCUGCAGCAGGACGAAGAUGAGAUCCAGGACUAUGUGGACCUCUUUUUCGAUUCUAAAGCAGAGAAAAAGCAUCAGUGUAAGGCUGCCAGAUACGACAAGAAGAAAGUCAAGAACUCGGAGGAGCGGAAAAAAUCUGCUGCUAUUGAAUGCUUGCAGGCAGUUUCUGAUGAGGACAAUGAUAUAGAAACUCUUGUGGAAGAAUUAUGUCACAAACUGAAGAAUCUGGAACAACAUGAUGAAGGCAAUGCCACGAACAGCCAAGUGGCGAUCACCAGUUCAUCUGAGAGUGAUUCCAGCAGCUCAGAACUUGAAAACCCAGCUGAAAGAUAUUAUGCCGCUUUCCCUGCCCUACAUGGAAAAGAUCAAAACAGCACUCCCAAUGAAUCACAGAGUGUUUGGAAAAACAACCCAAUCACAAAACCAAAAGCUGACCAAACAGGGGAAAUAGAGGCUGAGUCAAGUCAGGAGGAACUUCAUCCAAAACACAACCAGCAAGAGCAGCUAUCACCCAAAACCCUGAACAGGAAGAAGAAGAAGCAGACUGUUAAAAAACUGCAUGCGAAAAGAACACCAUCCAGAAAAGACGAUAGCUGUUACAGAGUUUGUCGUUUUCUGAGUUUGCCAAAUGGAAGUCUCAAUAUUGAAAAUCCUGCCACCCAGGCCCAUUCUUUGCAGGACCAAGAGCUCUGUUCUCAAGUGGAAACUAUGCUGAAAGAAAUGCUCUUGCAGAAAGAAGAACAAGCCUUGAAAAUGCCUAGUCCUGAGGGAAGAAUGAGAAAGACAUUAUUUGUUGGAGAUACAGCUUGGGAAAAUAGUCCAGAGGGAACCGAUGGGUCAGUGAGUCCAGAACUUCAAGAGGAUGAUUCCUGGUACACUCAGCCGAUAGAUAUCUUGUUUACAUCUGAGGAGCCACGGCAACGUUUGUACAAAAGAAACAACAGCAGUUCAGCGUCACCUUACCAACAAAGAUCUGGAAGCAUCAGUCCCAUUAGUCCCAACGACAGUCUCAACCAGCAAUCUCUCAAUGAAUCCCCGAAAGAAAGUCAGUUUCUUUUUCCUUACUCUUCUUCAGAUACCAGUGAGACUAAGAACUGCUUCCCUCCUGAUCCGACCUUUUCUCUGUUCAACCAAUCAGAGCCAAAAGCAAUACCAUCUCAAAACUCUGAUUUGAAUCCAGAUAUGUCUGGGUUUCCUGUCCUUUCUCCCUUUGACAACCUUCCACAAGCAGCACCUUCAAGUGAGAGGGAAGAAAGAUACAGAGCAAACAGUUUCACAGAAAACAUUUCUAACAGCUUGAGUUUGACAACGGUCAGUGACUUGGAAGAUAUAAACAAAGGAGUGGAUGAUCUUGAUUUUGAUAUAAAUUUGACAUCUCCUGACAAUUUGUUGGAUCACCAGUACAUGGAACAGUUUAUGAAUACAGCUAAUGACCAAGAGGUAUACUAUUGGGAUAACAAUUUGCAGAGUUUUGAUGGAUUUCUACCAUGGACGAUGGCAACAACUUGGCCAUCUAAAGUAUUGGUGGACGAUUUAAUGCCAGUUGUUAGUUGGGAAGAAAGAUAUGAAGGCUAUUCAGCAGAUUUCUACAAUCAUUUAAAACUCGGAAAAAUCUGGCAAGUCUGGGAUGUAAAUUAUCAGAAGAUAACAGGAGCCUACUGCAGUCCCUGGAAAAAUCUUCUUCAAACCUGCUGGAGUGACCAUGGAUUGUUUGGAAUGUCUAAUCACUGGAACCCUGACACACAUAGACAACAGGCAGACAUCUGGGGAAAUUAUGGCAUAUGUUCGGAAUCUACCUCUUGGGGGGAUUACGGAAAAUUGAAAGAUUCUUAUCAACAGAGCUGGUUGGAUGAAGGCCCAGGCACAUUGGAGACCCCUGAUGACCGUAUUCUACAAGAGGAUCCAUGUAAUCCCUUGGUGAUGGUUGAUGUAGAUCAAGAUUCGAUGGUGUGCCAACUUGAAAACCAGAACAGUGAGCUUAUUCCUCAGAUCCAGUUUGAUCUUGUCUCUGAGACAGGAAGCGAGUAUGAUAAUGUCCUUUCAGACGGAGAAAAUGAUCAACUUAGCAACAGUGAGGAGGAGCAGAGCUACUGUAGGAGUGUCUCCUACGGGGAUUUCCAGACAAUGUGGUCCAUGGUAGAGCAUUCAACUCCAAAGAAAUUCAACCUGUCCCAAAGUUUUGAAUUGGUUCCUUCUGAACGAUCAGCAUUUGUUGAUGUUGUACCCAAGAAGAUUCAUCAUGUCCAAAGUGAACCCAAUUUAGUAACACAAGAAAGAGAUUCUCUGUCAGCAUCUGUAAACAAAAGUCGUAGCUGUAAAUCUGACUCGAGCUCUCCAGAAGAACAUUUGUACUUUUCUCAGAAGACCCACUUUCAACCAAUUCAGUCACCAGUUGCCCAAUACACAGGUUCCACUUACAACCUCAGAGACCUCUUUGGGGGUUAUGCACCAUCAAAGACGCCAUACCAGAAGUUUCAGAAAAAUACGUAUGAUGAUGCUGAUGAUGAUGAAGAAGAAUUGUUUGUUCCUAUGUUCAAGAUCCGAAAAGAUCAAGAUAAAUAUAUACAAACAAGUGAAAGUUUAGACAAUUGUGCAGAGGAUAAAGAUUCAAUUGAAUAUUACAAAAAUCAAGCAGAUUUUCAAGAGUUGGAAAAUGGUGGACAGGUCUUUGAUUUGUUUGGAUAUGUUGAUAAUUUAACAGAGUGUUUGGAAUCAACCCCUCAAAACCUGUUGGAUUGUGUGAACAAUUAUGUGGAUUCAGGAUAUGAGGAUAUAGAUCAGCCUGUUCAAGAUAGAGAGGAAGCAGACAGAAGUGGCUUUUAUGGAGUAGGCAUCUUUGAGAAGAAAAAUAGGGAUCCUUGGUCAAUAGAAAACUUUCAAACUAAGAGUAACAGAAGUUGUGGAGAGGGAUUCAGUAUUGGGGGAAAUUGGCAGUCCAAGAUAAGUGCACCUGUAAAUGAAAAUACACUGAAGCCAUCGGAUGAAUCAAAACAUGGUCCUUGUUCUUGUGGGAAGGUUGCAGAUUUUGAAAAUUGGGAAGAAAAUACAAGCAAAAUUGCUUGUGUAUGCAAGCCUCCUGUUCACCGCUGGGUCAUUCAGGAGGCUUGGGGCCUGAACCCUGGGAGUGGAGGCGAAAUGGAGGCCGCCACUAAACACAGUAUAUGGAGCAGCGGAUAUGAAGAUGGAGCAUUUUCUGAAAUGUUUUACUAUCCAGGGCAAGAUGAAGAGUCUGUAUCAGAGCAGUUGAACAUGGAAGGAAAUUCUUCCUCAAAGGUCGAGGAGCAUUCGGAAGAAAAUGAACUCAACCUCUUUGAGUAUAAUCAGGAUUUGGUCAGUGAUGAAAAUGAAGGCAACUGCAGAAUGGGAAGUGAGAAGAUAUCUGACCAACCUAAUUCAUACCAAGCAGAAUUCGAUCCUUAUGGCCAAUCUUUUAUGGAGAUGACAUCAUAUUUUAGGGAUGAUAUUUCUGAUGCUAGCAAGGCCAGACCUGAUCAGCAGUGUGUUGGCCAGUUAGGGAAAGAAAAUCAUCCACCUUCUAAAAAUGAGUCUGACAUUGUCAAAGUAAAGUUGGUCAUCAAGAAAGGAAAGAAGAAGCAAGACUUUGAGAAUCUAGAUACUCAUCCACCUCUGUUCAAGCCAAUGCCUGUUUCUGCUGUGUAUUCAUGUGAAUUGGAGCAUGCUUGGAUGAAUAAUAUGGAGGUGGAAUAUCUCUUCCCUCAAUCCUCUAGCAGUAAGGGGAAGAAAAAGCCCUGCACCUUUUUCUUGGAGGGAAACUGUCGACGCACAGACUGCAAGUUUGCCCAUGAUCUGUCCCACAUCACCUGUCGCUUUUGGGAGGAAGGAGACUGUUUCAAGGGAGAGUUAUGUCCCUUUCUUCAUGGAUACAGUCCUUAUAAAAGACAUGUUUCUGAAAGGAAGGAGUCAAAGCAAUUUCAUUUGGAAGCAGAAGAUUUCCCCAACUUGACAAAAAGCGAAUCCAAGAAAGAUCGAGCCAAGAAAGACAAGUAUCACAAACUGAACAAAUACAAGGCUUCUAAGACACAGCUUAGGACACAGAUCAACAAGAAGAUUCAGAAAAAUAAUGGCAUCCAAGAAACAACAGCAAGCCUCUCCAAGAAAUUAAAGCAAAAGGGCUCACAGUGAGGAAAAGUUGAGGGGGUGGUACGGGGACCCAAUGAAUGGAGGGUCCCCACAAAGAUUGUGAAAAGAGGACCCUGUUUGAUGGAGGAUCAGCUCUCAGCUGUUGUCUUCAUUAAAGUAUGGGCUUGUGUAGAAUCUAGUCAAAAGUUUUUUGUGCAAACAGAGACUAGUUGUCUUGUUUCUUUCGAAAUAAGCAGAUUGCACCCCCACAAUUUUUUAAAGGUAAACCAAAAAAGGGGAAACCUUGGCUACCCUUUUUUUAAAUGAAAUUUUUUUUAUCAUUCAUUUUUCUUUUGAUUUAAAUUCCUGGUAACAAUUUGAAUAUGUUUGAAACUACUAAUAUGUAUUAACAAAUUUGACCAGAUUGGCAAAAGUCCUUUUAGCAACCAGACACUGCAAAGCUUAUACAAUUACAUCAACAUGUUAACAGCAUAGCAGAUUAUCAUUAAUAGAUGAUUUUGAUGUAUUGUUUUUGACAUGUAUGUAUUGUUUUUGACACGUUUACAAAAUUUUAAGUCAGUUGCAUAAGUAAAACAGAGAAAAGCCUGUUUCAUGAAGAUAAAAAAAAAGAUCUGAAAUACUUGAUGUUUAUGGCACUUGCUGUAAACAUUAUUUUUAUUUCAGGACCUAAAUAAGUUUGGAGUUUCUAUUUGUACGGUGAUUCAAAAAGAGCAGAAAUAUGUUGAAAAUAAUUCAGAGAAAUAUGAAAAUCUGGGGAAAGUGGCACUCAUUGUUAGUGGUAUAAGUCAGCAUCAAUACCCCAGAUUUAAUUUAAAAUGCAUGAUACAUGUCAUUUGAAUGAUGUAGCCUUUCAUAUGUGUACCAAAAUCUCCUUAAUCAAUCUACCUACAAGUGAACUCUGAUUUUAUUGUACAUUUACCUGAGAAAACUGACGUAAUGAUGCUUAAUUCUUCAAAGUGAAAUGGUAGACAAAGAAAAUGUUCAUUUUGUAUAUAUGUACAUAUAUAUAGAAGUCCCAAUCACAUUUGUUUCCAUGGGAUAUGAACAAAGAAACUGACCCACGUGUGAGAGAAACUUAUUGAAGGCAACUCAAAAUUUAUAAAAAACAGAAAAAAAUCUUCAGGAAAAUUGCUGAGAAAAAGAUAAAGAGAUUGAGUGAAAAUGUGUGACUGUGUUUGUGUGUUUUAGUACCUGAACAUGAAUAUGCCUGAUUUAUGAGAUAUGAAAGAGUUUUACCGAUUGAUUGUGUGUAAAAGCCUGAAGUGUCCACAUGAUCCUGAAAGGUGUGUGAAAGAGGAACAUUGAAAAAAAAUGGUUCAUGAAAUGCUAAAAAUGUUACUAGUACAAGUUCAGAGUAUUAAGGUAUUGAGCAAAAAUAGAUUUUGUAGUUAAAUAUGGUAAAAAGGUUAGAAGAAAGUUUUUUUUCUUUCUUGCAAAAUAAUCAAUAAAGAUUUGAUUAUUACUGGUAGUUUACCAGAAGUUUAGUAACUACAUGUAAUUCCAAUGAAACCUGUGAACUAAAAAUUUGAUGAUUUUUUUUUGUUCAAAAGAAUGGGUAAAAGAAUGUGAAUGAAAUAAGGGUGUUUGAAAAUAAAUGUGUUGAAUGUUGCAACAGAGGGUCCCAAGUCUACCAGUAGUGGGUAAUGUACUCUGAAUUAGAAAGUGGCUGAGUCGCAUCACAACUUGUAUGUGCAAUUCUCACUCAGCCGCUAAAGGAAAGUAAAGUUUAUUGUUUUGUGAUGACUUUGCCUAUUGUGUGAAUGUGUGAUACGCUGUAGAAAUUGCCAACUCUGGGCUGGCUCUAUUUUGUUAUUUUAGAGGUCUGUAAAUGUUUUUUUUUUUUGUUUUCAAAAGAACAUUUAACUACCGGUACAUGUUCUAUCAUAUGAAUAGAAACAUAGUUUUUACUUCUUUGUGCACACUGUAUGGACUGUGUUCACAGUGUAGUUUGGUAUGUUGAAGAUGAAUCAUAUGAAGUAGCAAGUUACAAGGCAGAUACAAUUCUUUCUACAACCAGUUAUCUGCUACAGACAAACAUGUGAUGGAAUCUGUACAUGUUACACUUUCUAGUUUAUUGGAAGGAGGAAUAUGUGUAUGCUCUAGUAUUUUCAUGUUUUUUGAAAACUCAGAUGUUAAAUCUCUUAGUUUUUGCUGUAAAAAUAUGUCAACACAUUCAUUUGUUAGCUUUAGAAAUAUUUCAAUACUUUCUUUAAUCUGUCUCUCCUCCUCCUGAUUUUUCUGUGUUUAUAUAUACCUGGAUUUUCCAAAGCUCAGUUCUAUAGUUUAAUACUAGAAGCUUUUGCUUCCCUUGUAGUGAAUAUAAUUGACAUGUAAAUUCCAAUCUGUUCUAAAGGUGAAAGAAAGAUUCGUCUUUUAAGAUGCUGAACUUUCAUUGAUGAUACUAUAAAACCUUGUCAUUCGUAGAAAGCCUAGUAAAGUCCAGCAUGUACAAUGAAUAAUUUGAAAUCACCAUUACUAUCAUAGUUAUGGGUCUGUUAUUGUCUUGCAUUCUGCAGUGCUGAGAUGAGUAAAUAUUCUUUGUUUAAGCCCUAUCUACUGGGGCAUCCAUACCCCAGGAGAUAUUCAUUGUGCAUACAAAGUCAUCAAAUUCACUGUUUUAUCACUAAACUAAGGAAAAAACAGAAAGAAAAACCAUCAUUAUUAAAUUUCAUUCAUUGAUAAUUAUUGAUGGGUUUUUUCCUUGGCAUGUUUAUUUAUUUUUAGAUUCCUUGAAUCCUCUUCAUUGAUAUUCAUAAGCAUAUUUUUCUUUUGCUUUCAUUCCAAAUGUUUAUGACAUAGAACCAUUUAUUCACCCAAAUUCAUGUUUUAUCCAAAACUUACCUAAAGUUUGGCUCCAAAUUAUUUAUGAAAGUAACAAAAUUUUAUUGAUUUAUUAUUUAACAUAAAGUCAUCAUUGCCUUUAUUUAAAUCAUAUAAUAUGGUCAUUUUUUUGUUUUGAAAAGAGAAAAAAAAAUUGCUUAAAAAUAACCCCAGAACAAGUUUGCAGUAGCUUUGUCAAUUUUUUGUUUUAAGACAUAUGUAAAGAUACAGUGUGUGUAGUCUAAAAUUAGUCGAAAUUUUAACAACUUUUUUUUUCUGUGUUCACACAUGUCGGAUAAAAAUACAUCGUGGAAUCCUUACGCCAUUUAAAGGAAUAUCAAUUUACAAAGUAAGCACUAAUUAAAAGAGUAUAGCAUUUGCAGAUUUUCAAACUGUUUUUCUUGUUGAAAGCAAGUUCAAACUCUUUUAAAUGCAGAUUGAUUAGGAAUAAAUGUUGUGUUAGAAUCUUUUACUUUACUGAGAAGUAAAUAAUGUAAUGAUGGUGCAACUCAUCAUUGAAAGAAAUAGUUAAUGAACUAAUUGAGAAAUCUUUAAAAAAAAAAUCAACUACAAAGAUCUGAAUACACUGAACGUAUUUGGCUUGUUUUCCAUCUUUGUCAUAGCCAUACAAUCUACAGUUGUAGACCAUUAUUUAAACAUUUUGAGGUGUGUGUUAUUACCAUACUUGGCAACACUAAUGUUUUACAUUUCUGAGUAAAGGUAGUAUAUUGUACACCUGAAGGUUAUCUUUACGGAAAUAAAGUGGAUGGAAAUAAA